AUGUCCUCUAAAGUUCAAUCCAAAGGUGGGAAGAGGGCUGCAGGGGCUGGAGCGGGGAGGGCGACCUUCUCCCUCACAACCUGCCCGGAGGGAGCCUCGGAGGAGUCUGCUCUUGGGACCAUUGCACCCCUGUCCUUCUCUCUGGGGUCGGCCAUCCCAGCUUCUUUUCCCUCCAUAGGCCUCAAGGCCAAGGACCAGCCGGCCCCAGCCCCAGAGAGUCCGCCACCCCCAGAGGCCAAUGCUGAAGCCAUUCACUUCCUCAACUCCCUCAGCCAGGAGGAGCUGCAGAUGCUGUUCUUCUCUGAGACUCUGGCCAUGGUCUCGAAAACAGGGGAGCCUCAGGGAGAGCUGACCAUUGAGGUGCAGAGUGGGAAACACGAAGACAACACGGGCACCAUGUUGCCAUGCGCCCUUGUGCACGCCUUUAGCCGUGGCUUCGUGGACAAAAUGCUCUGCGGAAACUCUCUCCUGGGCUAUCUCACGUGGAACCUGGAGAUCGUGGAACAACAUAGUCAGGAGUUCGUCAAGUUCCACAUCCUCCCCAUGGAGCAGAAGACGAGUUUGCUGAAGCAGGGGGACCAGCUGGCCAUGACCAGAAGUAUCAAGGAGGGUGAGGAAGUGAGGAACGAAGUGACAUUCUUCCCCUGGCACUCAACUGCGGGCUUCAUCUCCCAGGCUGCCAACCUGCUGCUGCUGAGGGUGAUGGCCUGGAGGCAGAUGGUGCCCAGUAAUGCCCGCUUCCUGGCCUUGGACAUGGAGGGAAAAUUCUGCUAUUCCACCUACAAAGCCCUGGGCUCCCAGACCAUCCAGGUGGACCGUCAGCAGGCGGACGCAUUCAUCGUGGAGCAGACCGUGCACUCGGUGGAGGGCAUCCCCUUCUCCUGCCAGUUCUACCUGCUGUCUGACGGGCACCUGGCCAAGCGAGUUCAGGUGGGCUCCCCCGGCUGCUGCAUCAUCACCAAGAUGCCCGUCUUGAGGGAGGAGGAUGAGAUUGAGCCUCGCCCAGUGUUUGAGAAGAAGCCCCUGGCGUGGGAGGAGGACAUAGAGCUGCGCUCGAGGUUCCUGGAACGGAAGGAGGAGCUGCGCCUCAGCCACACCAGGUACCUGCAGCAGCACCCCGACGGCGAGGCGAUCGUCUCCGACUUCCUGCUCUUCCUGCUGCUGCGCCAGCCGGAGGACGUGGUCACCUUCGCCGCCGAGUUCUUCGGGCCCUUCUCCCUGCGCCGCCCGCCCACGCCCGCCCUGCGCUCCUCCGCCCCGCGGAGCCCCUUCCGCUCGCUGGACCCCCGGACUAAGCGGGACACGCACCAGGCCCGAGCCCUGAGGCUGGGGCCCGGCAGAGACCCGGAGGCCUUGCUUUCCCUGCUGCGGUUUUGAAGGAAUAAACCGAGCUGGAACCUUC